UACUCAAAACACAAGAAAAUGAUCAAUGAUUACAUCUUAUACUAUGGAAGAGGAAUAGAACAUUUCAAAAGGGACAGGUUUGUUACUGAUUUUCUCUACCAUUGAGUUGUGCUUUGGGAUUGUUGUUUAACCCUUUAACUCUUACAGGUGACUGGCAUCUAAUUUCUCCUUACAUUAUUACUGUGAUCACCACUAAUGAAGCUCUAACUUGAUUGUUAAACAAAUUCUCCUCGCCAAUUCUAAAGUAAAUGUCUAGAGAAGGGUAUUAAGAAAGUGCGGACUGGUGUCUGAUGCCGAGGGUUUACAAACCAAGACUAAGAGUUGUAUUGUAUGGAACUUUGGAAAUGUCUGCAUCUAUGGUGAUAGAAUAUGGCCAAAUACUUUCAAAUAGGAGUUUAUUAUAUUAUGUUUUAAUUGAAAGAUAUUAUUGAAACAAUUUUUCUGUUAUGGUAAGAAAAGUAAUGAAUACAUUAUUUUCUGACCAUCUAUAAUCUUCUUAAUCUCAUAUUUAAUUAUCUGUUGUCAUUUAUUAUCUGCUAAAAUAGCUCCAGGGAUAAAACAGACAUGGAUGUUAUCAAGGAGGAGCAUAGGUGUGUAUACUUUACUACUAACAAAUAUUGUGUUAUGAAGUGCAUAGUUUGAGUAUCACAGUCACUGAUUAAUAAAAAAAAUGAAUUGAUGCAGACUAAUAAACCCUUGUGACAUGCAUAGAAUUUACCUCAAUGUUUUAAACUGAAUUUCCUUUUAUUUACACACAAACACUAACAGAAGCACCAGAAAGAAAGUGAAAAAUGAUAAGUUAUCAUUUUUAACAUUUACAGACAAUAUAUUGUACACAGAGAGAGGUACUGUACAAAAGCCCCCACACUAUCCUUAAUUGAGAUGCGGUAUUUUCUCUCUUUGUGUUAGAGGCUUAAAACCCAUGUAUGCAAUGAUCUUACAUUUUUCUAUAUCAUUUCAUUUUUUGAAAUUUCUGUUCAAACAAAGAAGUUUCUAAGAGAAUAAUCAGUUCCCAAUUAAUCUAGAACUCAUUAGAAAUUUUUUCUAAUCAUUUCAUUUGUCAUGUUUGUAAUGAGAACUCAUUUAUUUGGAAUGAAUUUUGUAGGUUUAUUUGGAAUGAAGAGGAUGACCCAGAAGGUUCCUGGUAUGUGUUAUAUUGAUACAAUCUGUCUAUUGAGUGGUGUGACACUUGAUUGUCAUUUCUUUGAUUUUCAAGUAAUGAUCUUGAUUUCAAUCUUCUUUUAGGGAAAAACAUUUGGCUAAGAAGUAUUAUGACAAGCUUUUUAAAGAGUACUGUAUUUCUGAUCUUAGCAGAUACAAAGAAAACAAGGUGACUGAUAAAAAAGUGUUAUUUACUGCAAAACCAAUGAGGAUCACAUCAAGCUGUUUGAUAUGAUUAUCAUUAGGCAAGAGUUUUUGACAAUGUUACCAUCCUAAAUUGCAGGUGGCAUUAAGGUGGAGAAUUGAAAAAGAAGUCAUUGAAGGAAAAGGUGUGAAAAGGUCACUUUUUAUUAACUAAACAGUCAUCAGCUAAAUUUCUUACACAAGUAUAGUGAACAUGCUACACAAUAAGGUACUUUAUUUGACUGAGUGAAAGAGUAGAAUGAUUUUCUAAACCAAUCACAGAGCAAAGUGAAGCAAAACCAUUACAGUCCCAGAUGACUUUGAGCACUUAAUAGAAAGUUGCUCUUAGAGUCUGUUUGUCAAAACAAAAUUUGGUCUGGGUAGGAAAUUAUGCCAAGUCCUAACCAUCAUUUGAUUGGUAGGUAACUCAGUUUAAAGGAUAGUAAUGUCAACAGAUUAAAACCAGCUAAAUGUUUGUACCUAUUAAGAGGAUAUAGUGAUGAUGUGCAUCUUUGUCAAAUAGGCCAUGUUGUCAAACGUUUAUGGUAAAUAGGCCUACCAGUAUCACUGGGCAUUAAUUCCACCAGUUUGGGAGUCUGGUCAUGGGCAUGUAAAAUGUAUGAUGAUCAAGACUAUCCAGCCCAACAAAAUCAUGUAAUUAUUGUCAUAAAAGCUGAAUUGUAACAGUCUUUUUUUUUUUUUUUAAAUGCUGUGAAGGUAAUAUGAAAAAUUUAUUAGUUGUUAUUUUCUUCAAAUUCAUUUUUAGGGCAGUUCACCUGUGGAGACAAGAGAUGUUCAGAAUCUGAAGGACUUCGCAGCUGGGAGGCAAGUAGUACGUGCAAAAUGCCUGAUUAUUGGAUGGUAUAUCUUACUUUUUAAGCUCUUUUAGAUCUCCAGAUAUCUACUUUACUGAACAGCAUCUAUACAAUAAUUGGUUUGCGAGUGCAUGUGCUGUAUGGCUGAUGUCUGUUUUCUAUUUUGUACCAAGGUUAAUUUUGCUUAUAUGGAACAUGGAGAAAAGAAAAAUACUCUCAUUAAACUCAGUAUGUAUAAACCUUAUACUUAGAUUUCUGAGUCUAACCUUUUUUAAUUACCAAUUCUUAUUGACUGCUGAGGUCAAUUAUUCUGAAGUUCCAACAUUAAUUUAUCGACUUUUACUUCACUCAGGACUCUGUCCAGAUUGUUCCUAUAAACUCAACUAUCAUCACAAGUAAGUCAAUUAAUCUGAUACACUGAAGCUAUUAACUAAAAUAAAAACUUUUCCCAGAGACACUUCAAUUCAUAAGAUACUAAGUUACUUAUAGGACACACCCACACUCAGGCUAGAAUUUCCCCCAAAUUGAGGCUCUGCUGUAUGCUCAAAUUUUAGAAUGUUAAACUGAACUUGGCUUAGUAGUUCAAACCCUUCCAAGGACAGAAUCAAAAAAGACUUUAUAGUUACUUUCAUAAGGAAAAGAGGCAAGGUAUUCCACUGGUAAAGAAACAGAAUUGCAAUUUCCAAUUCCCCUUAGUUUACCAAUAAAUAUUAUCUUGCAAAUUUUAAAUAGAUAUAUUAUAUGAUGGUCAGAGAGACAAGCAAAGAAAGGAAAAGUAAUCUUUUGGUGGCCAUCCAUUCUUUAGCUACUCUUGAUCUUUUUGCUUUCUGUCACAAUUAGUAAUUAAAGCUGCUUACUAGAGUGAUGUAGAAUUUAAAAAAAUUCAAAUUGUAACUGUGUUUUGCAAAGGAAGAAACUUGCUAAGAAAAAGAAAAAAGAAGGGGAUAGAGAGUCACAGAAAUCACAUUCAGGCAAGAAAAAGAAGAGGAAUAGACAUCACAGACACAAAGAGCUAGACUUGUCUGGUUCAUCUGAAGACUCUGAAGAUAACUGCGGUAAGUUUGGUAUUAUACUGAAUGUAAAUACUUGAGGUAUUAGAAAUUGGCUUGCAGUAAUUGUAAAUCAAUCAAAUUUCUCCUAAAAAAAAUCAACACAUCAUCCGGCCAAAAGGCAAUGAGAAUAGACAUCAUAGACAUACAUCAUGUCAUCCUGAUAAAACACAAAAUUGUCCAAAAAUUCAUAGCAGGUUGUAGAGAGAAUUACAGAUUCUGAGAUAAUUUAUUGGCAUGAGUCAAUAAAAUGUUUCAAAUAUGACACAGUAACACCCAAGAUCUCUCUUUCAUAAGUAAAAAUAUAAGUAUCAUUGCUGAAGUAAGAAUCUUACUGCACUAGGUACUACAGAUGGUGGAUCAUCAAAAGAUGUUGAAAACACCAACUCUACAAGUACUGGUGAAGAUAUCUGGAAAGGCCCAGCAAAGAUUACUGUUGAUAAAACAAGGUAUGCACUCUUGAGAGUUGACUUUAUUCUUAACAUGUUUCAGAGUAAUUAAAGGGUUUAUUGACUACUUAAUGGACAGGUAUACAAGUCAUGUGCCUAUUGAGAGAGUGCAGAGGAUAAAUCAACUAAAUAUUAUCUAUCUUCCCACCAGGAUAUAUGACAUUCCUUACUUUUGUGAGGAAAGAUAAAUAAUGAGGUUAUUUGAACAUGUAGCUGAUGGGAAAAGAUGUUUUUCCAUCCUGUCACAUGCAUGGGACAAAGAAAAAAUUCCAAGUCCUCAUGAGGAAUCAAUCCUCAGACCUUCAGAUUCUACGUCAUAUUUUGUAAAUAGAAAAAGAAAGAUGGUGAGUUUCUGAGUUCCCAUGAGGAAUCAAACGUAUCUACAAAACAUGAUGCUAACGACAUUGCUGAUCCUAGCAGUAUUCAUCAAAUUACAGGGUAUCUACAAAACAUGAUCUGGGAUCACAACACUAUCGGGAUCAGCAGUGUUUUUGUGGAAUCAUUGAUCAAAAUUGAUCCUUUUUGGGAUCAGGGAUCAAAAUUCCCAAUGUUUUUGUGAUCAGGGAUUAAAAUUCUCAACGUUUUUGUGAUCAGGGAUCAAAAUUUGGGGCAAAAAUACAGGAUCAGUUAAGAAAAAAAAAUACCUUGUUACGACCCUGAUAUUAACUUCAUAGUGGGCUUUGCUCACCAUAGAGUCUCUGUGGCUCUGUGGUAGAACAAAGUAGUGCAGAAUCUAAAGAUCUGAAGUUUGAUUCCUCACAGAGACUCAGAAGUGAUCAUUUGCUUUGAAUUACUAUUGUUUUCCAUACAGGGAGGAAGAAUUUGAAGAGUACUUCCAAGAUAUGUUUCUGUGA